AUGCCGCCUUUGGUAACAGACCGAGAUGAUGAAGCUGAAGGAGAAGAUGCUGUUGAAGUUGGAGCACAAGAAGAAAUUCACAUUACUUCUGAUACUCCCGCAAAGGGUGCUAUGACUGUUGAAGAAGCUCUCAAAGAUGUCUUAAAACGUGCACUCGUCGUUGAUGGCUUAGCGCGUGGGCUAAGAGAAUGUGCCAAAGCUUUGGAUAGACGCCAGGCUUUCUUGUGUGUCCUUGUCGAAACUUGUACUGAAAAGGAAUACAUCAAACUUGUCGAAGCUCUUUGCACUGAACAUAAUAUUCAAUUGAUCAAAGUCAGCGACGCAAAAAAACUUGGUGAAUGGGCAGGUCUUUGUAAAAUUGAUCGAGAAGGAAAUCCUCGCAAAGUUGUUGGCUGUUCUUGCGUUGUUGUUAAAGAUUAUGGUGAAGAUUCCGAAGCUAGGAACGUUUUACUGGAAUACUUUAAAUCACGCUAA